GUCAAAAUGAAUGGGAAUUGCGAGCCUUCCCAUGCGGAUGUGGACUUUAUGUUUACUUCUGAGUCUGUGGGAGAAGGGCAUCCGGAUAAAAUAUGUGAUCAAAUCAGUGAUGCUGUGCUAGAUGCCCACCUCAAGCAGGAUCCAGACGCAAAAGUGGCCUGUGAGACAGUGUGUAAGACAGGCAUGGUGCUGCUCUGUGGUGAAAUCACAUCUCGAGCCCAUGUUGACUACCAGAAAAUUGUGAGAGAUACCAUCAGACACAUCGGCUAUGACAACUCUGAAAAGGGUUUUGACUAUAAAACCUGCAAUGUGCUGGUGGCUCUGGAGGAGCAGUCCCCUGAUAUCGCACAAGGAGUUCACAUCGACCGCUCAGAGAGUGACAUUGGAGCAGGAGACCAGGGCCUAAUGUUUGGAUACGCUACAGAUGAGACAGAGGAGUGCAUGCCCCUCACUAUUGUCCUGGCGCACAAACUGAACUCCAAAAUGGCCGAACUGAGACGCAACGGGACAGUGCCCUGGCUCCGACCUGACUCCAAAACACAGGUGACAGUUCACUACACCCAGCAGGACGGGGCGGUUAUCCCCAAAAGAGUCCACACCAUUGUGAUCUCAGUCCAACAUGAUGACUAUGUGAGUCUGGAGGAGCAGAAGCAGGUCCUGAAGGAUAAGGUGAUCAAAGCGGUGGUCCCGGCCAAAUACCUGGACCAGGACACCAUCUACCACCUGCAGCCCAGCGGCCGCUUUGUCAUCGGCGGACCACAGGGCGACGCAGGUGUGACUGGGAGAAAGAUCAUUGUGGACACAUAUGGAGGCUGGGGGGCUCACGGCGGAGGGGCCUUCUCUGGGAAGGACUACACCAAAGUAGACCGGUCUGCAGCCUAUGCUGCCCGCUGGGUCGCUAAAUCUCUGGUUAAAGCCAAACUCUGCAGGAGGGUCCUAGUUCAGGUGGCCUAUGCCAUCGGAGUGGCCCAUCCUCUGUCCAUCUCUCUGUUCACCUUCGGCUCAUCUCAGAAAACUGAGAAGGAGCUGCUGCAGAUUGUUCACAAAAACUUUGACCUGAGACCUGGAGUCAUUGUCAGGUGAGACACAGUUUUUUCAACCUUUAACCAAAGUAAUAUUGGUGUAAAACUAAGCAAAUAUCUGCU